AUGAAUAACAAUAAUAAUAAUAAUAAUCGUAAGGUGACAGCAAAUGGUUUUCUUUAUGUUGCACCAUCAAAUAUUGACUUUUCGCAACCAUCACAUUCCGCUAAGCCUGAAACAGUUCCACAGGUCGUGAUGGAUAUGAAACGUUGUAUUCGAGUUUGUGGUGCAGAUGCUAUAACUGGUCAUUUACAUAGCAUUUUAAUUGCUUUUAAAAUAGAUAAUGAUAACGAAACGGAUAAUCAUAUACCGAUUUGCUAUAUGAAGGCAGAUUCAACCGAAGAAAUUCGUUGGUCAAUUAUUUUUUUUUCUUUAAAUGUUAAAUUUUUUAAAAAUGCAAUAAUAAUUUAG